CGUUCAGAGUUUUUCUCAAUUGGUUGUGUUUUCAUAUUUUUAGUGCAGAGUAAAUGCAAGUGUAAAGGAAAACACUUUGGUGUCUGAUUUGAUAAUCAUUUCUUUGGGUAUAUGUUGCUUGAGUGAUCUAUGAUCCUAUGAGCCUCAAAGUCUUAAAUUUUGAUUGAUCAGCAAUUUUGGCCAUCUUUUCUUUGAAGCGAGGUUAUCAGAUAUGUCGACUUUGGCAGCCUCACACUUUGUAUCAAGGACUUCCCAUGUAAAUGGAGGUUCAGGAUCAGAAACCAGAACAAACUUGGGUCAGAUGGGCCUCUGGAACCAGCCAAUGACUCACAAUGGGCUAAGGUCUUUGAGCAACUUGGAUAUGCUUCGAAUCAGAACCCGUCCUAUUGCAGUUCCUAGGCAAGCCAUGAAGAAAGCUGACAAGACCGAGGGUGAUCAGUGUGUGGGGAAGAUUGUAUGUGGGACAGGCAUGAACUUGGUCUUUGUGGGGGCUGAAGUUGGUCCAUGGAGCAAAACUGGUGGUCUUGGGGAUGUUCUUGGAGGCCUCCCACCGGCUAUGGCGGCUAACGGGCACCGUGUUAUGACCGUGUCUCCACGCUAUGAUCAAUAUAAAGAUGCAUGGGAUACUAGUGUACUGGUUGAGAUAGAAGUUGGUGGUAAAAUUGAAACCGUUCGCUUCUUCCAUUGCUACAAGCGCGGUGUUGAUCGUGUCUUUGUGGAUCACCCAUUGUUCCUUGAGAGGGUAUGGGGCAAAACUGGAUCCAAAAUCUAUGGUCCCAAGACAGGAGUGGAUUACAAGGACAACCAAUUGCGCUUCAGCUUGUUGUGCAAGGCUGCUCUGGAGGCUCCAAGGGUUCUUAAUUUGAACAGCAACGAAUACUUCUCUGGACCAUACGGAGAGGAUGUUGUAUUUGUUGCUAAUGAUUGGCACACUGCUCUUAUUCCUUGCUACUUAAAAACCAUCUACAAGCCAAGGGGUCUUUACAAAAAUGCCAAGGUUGCAUUUUGCAUCCACAACAUAGCUUACCAGGGCAGAUUUGCCUUUUCGGACUUCUCACUGGUUGAUUUGCCGGACCAACUUAGGGGUUCUUUUGACUUCAUUGAUGGGUAUAACAAGCCUGUGAAGGGAAGGAAAAUCAAUUGGAUGAAGGCUGGAAUAUUGGAAUCAGACAGGGUUGUGACUGUGAGCCCAUACUAUGCCCAAGAACUUAUUUCUGGAGAAGACAAAGGUGUGGAAUUAGAUAACAUCAUCCGUAAGACCGGAAUCACUGGUAUUGUAAAUGGCAUGGACGUUCAAGAGUGGAACCCAGCCAGAGACAAGUACUUGGAUGUCAAAUAUGAUAACACAACUGUACUGGAUGCAAAGCCUCUAUUGAAGGAGGCCCUUCAAGCAGAAGUUGGGCUGCCAGUUGAUAAGGACAUCCCGGUGAUAGGCUUCAUCGGUAGGCUGGAGGAGCAGAAAGGUUCAGACAUUCUAGUAGAAGCCAUCUCGAAAUUCAUUGGAGAGGAAGUACAAAUAAUAAUCCUUGGAACUGGCAAGAAGAAUAUGGAGACGCAGAUCAAACAGCUGGAGAUCAAAUAUCCGGGCAAGGCUGUAGGAGUGGCAAAAUUCAAUGUGCCAUUAGCCCACAUGAUUAUUGGUGGUUCUGAUUUUAUGUUGAUCCCAAGUAGAUUUGAACCAUGUGGUCUCAUUCAGCUGCAUGCUAUGCGAUAUGGAACGGUGCCUAUUGUUGCCUCAACCGGUGGACUUGUUGACACUGUCAAAGAAGGCUUUACAGGAUUUCAGAUGGGAGCCUUCAACGUCGAAUGCGAGGAAGUUGACCCAGCAGAUGUGACUGCAAUUGCUACUACUGUCAAGAGAGCUCUUGCAGCAUACGGUACUCCUGCGUUAAAUGAGAUGAUCCAGAAUUGCAUGGCCCAAGAUCUUUCGUGGAAGGGACCUUCAAAACAAUGGGAAAAGAUGCUUUUGAGCCUGGAAGUUGCCGGUGGCGAACCUGGAAUUGAAGGGGAAGAGAUUGCUCCCCUUGCCAAGGAAAAUGUUCCCACUCCCUGAGCAUUGAGUUUCUAGUAUAAUAUUAACCUGUAAGUGAGCUAACUUCCACCGGUGGUAGCCGCUAUUGGUUCUUAAUCUCCAGCUUCAUGUGAGAGCCAUAUGCUUUUGGUGGAAAUCUAAGCUUUUCUAUAAUCAACUAAGUGUGAGGGUGAAAAAUGAUCUUCAAGUUGUGCAUAAUUUAAUGAAUCUGACACUUAUUUGCUGUGGUUAUGAAGACCUGAAGAACAAGUUUGUUUUUCUUGCCUAGUCUUGUACUUUUAAUAUAUAU